AUGGAAGUCUUCGCCCGGCACAUCCAGGACCAUGUCGAAGCCAACACGACUGAACAGCACUACUGGGGCUACGCGAGCCGUAUCAUACCCUGCAAUAAAGAUGUUGGCACUUGCGAGUACCUUGAAGCUGUCUAUAGCAUGCACGAAACGUCGAUGCUGUACACAUUCAUCCUGUGGGCUGUCAUUGGCGGUGUGCUCUUGAUUUGGGCUGCUUUACGAUUUCGACGAAUGGGUGUGGCAUCUCAGGGAAGGGGAGGAUUUAUUGACGAUCUUUGCGAUCAGUUUGGGGCUUUGAAAAGAUCGCUACUCCCUGAUGCACCGAUGAGGUGGUUAUUUGGACGAGUGUCGAGGUUGCAGGUCGUGGUAUUGGCUCUGAUGCUGGGGUAUCUGUUGGUGUUUUCCUUAGUCGGUAUUGUCUACAAGACCUGGAUAACCCCAAUCAGCGGCACCACGUAUUUCAACACUCGCACUGGCCUGGGCGGCUGGUCAGACCGUAUUGGCGCCCUCGCCUACGCCUUGACCCCAUUCACCAUCCUCCUCUGCAUGCGCGAAAGCGUCCUGUCUCUCAUCACGGGCAUCCCGUACCAACACUUCAACUUCCUCCACCGAUGGCUGGGCCGCGUCAUCUUCAUCCAAUCCUUCCUGCAUACCCUCGCCUGGACGCUCGUCGAAGCAAGAUUCUACCAGCCCCAGCCGUCGGUGUAUACAACAUUCAUGGCGCAGCAAUACAUUAUCUUUGGCGUCGUGGCGAUGUUUCUGAUAACGUGGUUGACGAUCUUCAGCACCAAAACCGCGAUUCGAUGGACGGGGUACGAGUUCUUUAAAGUCACGCACUGGAUCGUUGCAGUCUUGUACGUUGCAGCUUGCUGGGGCCACUGGGAUAAGUUGUGGUGUUGGAUGGUCCCAAGUCUCGCCUUGAUCUUCCUCGACCAGACCGUGCGCUAUCUCCGCAUGGGAUACGUGCACUACACCGGCGGGAAGAGCAAGGCCCAAGGAUCUGGCUGGUUCAGAUGCGCAGAAGGCCGCAUCAAAACCCUCACCGACGACAACGGCACCGUCAUCCGUCUCGACAUCGACCACGAACACCGCCAGCCCUGGCAAGCCGGCCAGCACUUCUACCUCACCUUCCCGAGCCUGAGCAUCUGGCAAGCCCACCCCUUCACCGUGGCCUCCCUGCCCGAACCCAAAACCUCCACCCACCACCACACAUACCUCCUCCGCGUCCGCGCCGGCCAGACCUCCCAACUCGCCCAACUAGACAACGACACCACCCUCCCCGUCAUCCUCGCGGGACCCUACGGCGACUCCUUCCCCAGCUACGAAACCCAACACGUCCUCGCCGUCGCAGGCGGCACGGGCGUGACAUUCACCUUACCGAUCCUCCAAGCGGCGAUGCGGCAAUGCAUCAACCGCGCCGCGAUCCUGGAUUUCAUCUGGGUCGUGCGCAAAUCCCAAGAUUUGCUGUGGUUGGCGAAGGAACUCGACGAGCUGAAGGGGAUGCUGGGUGAGUUUCUCGGGUUGAGGGUGAAGGUUUUUGUGAGUCGGGAGGAGGGUUCUGACUGCAGCAACCCGGAGAAGGAGAAGAAGAAGAGCAAUGGAUCCUCCUCCUCUCACUCGUCCGACGAGCAUCAAGAUCCUGAGAAAGGCAAGCAGCGCGAGGAGACGACGGGUGGGAAGACUACCAUGACGGUCUCCUCUGUCCACUCACAUACCUCGCUGGACGACCUCCUGUCUUCCAACCACCCUCGCUUCCAAGUCCACUUCCUCAAAGACCACCACCCGUCCAUCGAGCAUAUCGUGGGAGAUUUCCGCGAACGGACGAUCGAUGUAGGGGGUAUUGUUGAGAUUGUCGGGAGUGGACCGGAGGCUAUGGGGAGUGAUUUGAGGGGGGCGGUUGCGAAGGUACAGGAGGGUGAUGGUAUCAAGUUUUAUUGGGAUUCGAGAGAGUAG